AUGGCAACCAGUCGUCCGCCUGUCCAGGUGUGUUUCAGCACGACAGACUUCAAAACCACUUCUGAAGAGCGCCUGAACGCUGUCCGGAGUGCUAUCGACGAUGAGGUUUUUCGCGCAGACGAAUGGUGUGAGUCGGAAUUCCAGCCGUCGGCAGAACCGUCGGCAACGGCAUCAGGAAGUGCUCACGACAUUGAUACGGAAAGCAGCCACAAACGUGCAUCACCGCUCGCCGCGGUUCUGCUCAAUUCAGCAUACAGAUCCUCAGAUAAUAACAACGCAGUUCCCUGCGGCAUUCCAGCAGCCUCGAGCGCGUUCCAGCAGCUUCCUUCUGAGGGCUUCCAGAUUCCCAUUGGGGAACCGCAGGAUUUGAGGAGUCUGGACCCUGCAGAUUUAUUCUGGCAGGCGUACCACAACAUCGGGAAUCUCAUGAUCUGCAACUGCAUCACUAUUGUGUCAACGCACCCUUUAGUCCUGCAGCAUGUCCGUGCGGCGGCUGAGAUGCUACUCUGCCGGCAUCAGGCUUUACGUUGCUCAAUAAAUGCAGCUCCCAUACCAGGUGAAAUGCGCCCUGACCUGGAGAAGAACCAGGACGCUACUCGCGACCAACCUGAUUCGGCCACACACGAAGGCACAAACUUCGCAAGCCGACUGCGGUCAUUUUUCGUCGAUAGUGCCGGUAGCCUUUGCCGGUCAUGCAGACGACGAAGGAAAGUGUAUGUAUGGAGAGAUAACCGUUCUUCAGCGUAUCUUGAUGUUGCAAUGGCUCAGGGGGGUGACGUGGACCGAGAGAGAGGAACUUUCGAAACAGUGGAAGGCGAAGACUGGGUUAAGGCCAUGAAGUUUGAGCAAAGCGUCCCCUUCGACACAAGCAGAGGUGAGACGAGCGGCACAUUCUUUGUGAAGCACCGCGUCUAUCAAUCUAGUCUUCAAAUAUUCUCAACGCCUGGUCAGGCUACGUGCCAGAGCGUGUGUGGCAUCUUUUAUCUCGUCUGCAGUCGGGCAUUCAUUUUCACUCGCCUCAUCCGCGCGAGCGGUCAAUCGCGGUGA